ACACACAACCCCCUCUCUUACAUUUAAAACCCUUUCCUCUCCAAAUUAAUAUGUGAGAUUCAUUCAUUCAUUCAUUCAUUUACACACACACACACCCACCCACCAUUGGCCAUUGGGAUUUUAAUGGUCGAUCACUGCAUAUCAACGACAAUGGUUGCGUCUCCUUCUCAUGCCUGUGUAGAAAAGAAGUAUUGGUGGCUAACCAACAAGAAGAUCGUUGAUAAGUAUGUGAAAGACGCAAGAACCCUGAUUUCGUCUCAGCAACAAACGGAUAUUGAAGCGGCGCUUAAUCUUCUUGAUGCAGCGCUUGCUUUAUCGCCAAGGUUUGAACUGGCUCUCGAGUUGAAAGCCAGAUCUCUUCUCUAUCUUAGAAGAUACAAAGAAGUCGCUGAUAUGCUUCAAGAUUACAUCCCUAGCCUGAAAAUGUCUUCCGAUGAUUCAUCAACAUCCUCUUCUUCCUCGUCUUCGGUUUCAUCCGACAACAACUCCCAAUCACUAUCGAGAGAGCGAGUCAAGUUAUUGUCCUCCGAUGGUGGCUCGCCGGACCAUGCUGAAACGUCGUUCAAGUGUUUCUCCGUCUCCGAUUUUGAAGAAGAAGGUCAUGGCUGGCCUCGGUAA